UGUUGAACUAGGACCUGUUGUUGAGGCCACAACUACGAAGAGGACCUCCCAAGAGAACAACAAGACCUCACUAACAUCAGAGGAACCAACGCAACAAGAAUCUUCUUGGAUCCAGGCCAAGCCCAGUUUCAGCAGUACGAGAGGGAUUGUCCCGCAGUUGUUAUCUGGCCAGGUGGCAGGACGAGCUCAGCAAGCGCAGGGGGCGAGUAAAAAUGGAUUGCAGCAUGAUGGGGGAACUUCUCAGCUUCGUGGUGGUGCAGACUCGUCGUCUCCCGGGGACACCAUCUCUUCUUCCGCGACGCCCACGCAAACCGUGAACAUUCUGCCAGAUCAUGGGGGUAACGACGGGACACAACUACCAUCUGCAGUAGUAGGAACUGGAACAGCUACACAAAGUAUCCUUCCACCUAGUGGCACAAACACAGCUGGGCAAGCAGCAACAGUCGCUGAAAACCCAGAGGACCCUUUGAAAAAUGUUUCAGAAGAAGCCAAAGCAGGAGGAUCUGUCUUGACCACAAGUCUCGACGCUGCUGCCCAGGUAGAAGUAUCAUCAGCAACUACACAGCAGGUUGCAUCUGGAGGUGACUUCUACAACUUCCCUGGUGGCCGCGCUACUACUUCCACCCCAGAGCAGGCCGCAGGAGCAGGUGGAACUAGCACCGCUCCGCGCGGCGUCCUGAUACUCAAUGCGGACCGGACGCCCAGUACUGCGGAGAAUUUCCAGAGCAACGACGAGAACGUAGAGGGUGAACCUGUCAGGAACAGAAGAAGAUCCAGCAGUGGCAGCAGGGUGGUGCAUUUCAAAAACAGCCCGACGGUAAUGCCGGAUGUUUCGCGUGGAGGGGACCAUCAAGCGGUUGGCAGCAGCGUAAACACUGGUGCACAGCAAAGCGAAGUGAAGCAGUCGUCUGCUAGUACUUCUAGUAGUGGUGCGCCGGGCAGCACAUCGAACCUCCGGCGGGAAAUCGAGCAAAACGCGUAUGCGCUGUUGAACAAACCGAAUGGGACAAGGUCGAGCAUCUCAAUGACGAG